GAGCUCGUCCUUCCUUAUUUUUCUUUAUUCCCAGCCCCAGUUAUUGAACCGAUCUUUGACAAAAGAGUGACGAUGCAAUGAACAAGCAACUUCACCUGCUUCUCUUUAGUCUUUUCAAAAGAAGUACCUCCUUUCUUUUAUUUAUGUUCUUAAAAAAAGAAAUGGUGUUCUUGGGUUUUUCAACUACCACAGCCACGAAGCAACUCCAAUUCUUUCUCGUUUUCUUUUCCAUCCUGUAAGCUCUCUACACCUUCCAGUUCUUCUUCUUCUCAAUCAAAUCGCAUGUUCUUGAGUUGUUUCUAUGGUGAUGGGGCUUGCAAACAAAGUAUCUGAUCAUCUGAUGUGAUACUUGGGCAUGCCAACGAUGGAUGCAUCGAAUUCGUUCGUGCUUGUCGUGUUGACGCUCCACUCUGUCAUGAACGGCUGCUCCUCGAUGGAUCUGCCUGCGCAGCUUAGCCAUCGGAGACUACUUAAGGACAGCAACCUUGCUGCGCCUUCUACAAACGUUCCUGCUUCUGCUGCUGCUCCUGUCCCUUCUACUGGAAGUGGCUCGUUUCCAGCGUCUAGUAGUCAAGGACAAAAUGAUACGAACGAGAUAGCGUCUAGUAGUUCAUCCAAGUCUGAUGAUGUAUCACGAUCCAUGAAGUGGCUGUAUAUGAUUGUUCUUCCAGCGCUUGGCCUGCUGUUGCUUACCGGCCUAGCAUGUUUCCUUUUGCCAUGUCGCAAAAGUGCAGUUGCAACAAUAGGCCCUUGGAAGACUGGGCUCAGUGGCCAGCUGCAGAAAGCAUUUUUGACAGGAGUACCAGAAUUGCGGAGGUCAGAACUGGAACGUGCUUGUGAGGACUUCAGUAACAUUGUGGCGAGUUAUCCACACUACACUGUCUAUAAGGGAACCUUAUCAUCUGGUGUUGAGAUCGCUGUUGUAUCCACUAUGAUUACAUCCAGCAAGGAAUGGUCCGAGCAUUCAGAGAUCUGCUUCAGGAAAAAGAUAGGCACCCUGUCGCGAAUAAACCAUAAGAAUUUCAUCAACCUGCUUGGCUUUUGUGAGGAGGAAGAACCUUUCACGAGGAUGAUGGUGCUAGAAUAUGCACCGAAUGGGACACUCUAUGAGAAUCUCCAUGCUGAGGAUUUUGAGCACAUCGACUGGAGGGGUAGGAUGCGCAUUAUUAUGGGGCUAGCAUACUGCAUUCAACACAUGCAUGAGCUCAACCCUCCUGUGGUGCACCCUGACCUGCAGUCCAGUUCCAUAUUGCUCUCUGAAGAUAAUGCUGCAAAGAUUGCAGACAUGAGUGUUUGGCAUGACGUGAUUUCCGAAGGCCAACUGCCGAUAAAUGGUGACCUUGUGGUUCACCAUGAACAAGUAUCUGCUGGACUAGCAAGGAAUGUUUACAACUUCGGCGUAGUACUGCUUGAAAUCAUCUCAGGGAAGAUCCCAUACCCUGAACACGAGCGCUCCCUCGUGAGCUUGGCUUUGGGGUGCAUAAACGGCGACCGGAGCAUAGCCUCCUUGAUCGAUCCUACAAUGGAUUCUCUCAAGGAAGAUGAGCUACAAAUAAUCUGUGAGGUGAUCCAGGCUUGCAUCCAGAGUGACCCAAGAAACAGACCGAGCAUGAGGGAGAUCACUGCCAGGCUGAGAGAAGCCAUAGCUAUCUCGCCGGUUGCGGCGACACCGAGAUUGUCCCCGCUUUGGUGGGCGGAGCUUGAGGUCCUCUCAACAGUAGAAGCAGGAUAGGAAGAAGGAAUGUUCAUCUGACAUGCUUCAUUUCUGAAGACAACACUCUGCCGGUUCUCUCUCUGUAUAUUUCUAUGCAACCUACAAGGAUUUAGUCGGGUCUAUUCAUACAAUAAGGUAAAUCAAGAAAACAGCAGUAGCAGCUGCAAUAGGAGCUAAAUAUUCAACAGCAAUCCAAGGACGCAUGCCCAGACAGACACUAAGUUCCCACUAUCCUACCUGUUGUGCAUAUCUUGUGCUGUAAAUUUGUACUAAUCCGGCCUUGUGGGUGUUUGUUAUUUUCCCUUAGAUUUCUGAUAACCUUUUCCCAGUGCUACCUGAAAUGUGACUAAAAAUAUCAAGCAUCAGCAGGUAUCUAAAGGCACUCGUAUC